AUGGGCUGCUGGGCCAGCUUCGCUCUAUUCCUGGCCCUUGCAUCGAUUGGUGUGGGUGCUGCGGGAUACGGUGCCGAUCAGGGGUAUCAGCCACCCAGCUACCCGGCGCAACCUCCCGGUCAGGGUUCCGGAAAUGGUCAGCAGCGCCCGUAUCCAUUACCCCUGUCCUCCCGCUCAACCUCUUCGGAAUCCGAAAGCAGCAGUGGCGCCAGCUGCGAGCACGAGGAGAGCAACUGUGAGGAGCGACAGUACAACAGGGCACGAUGUCCGCGCUACCUCCGCACGGGCGGCGACGAAUAUUGUUCAAAAUCAAUUGCAAGGCCCACCUGGAAGUUGUAUGCCGCUCCCGCAAUGGCUGGACCGCAC